UAAUAUCUGCUUGUAAUUUUCUCAAUUUUGGAAAUUAAGUUACAACUUACAAUUCAUUUCUCAUAUAUUCUUGUGAAGAACGUUUACUUUUGUUAGAUCAUGGGAUUUGUGUUGAGUUAAAAAAAAAAUGGUGACCUUCCCAAAUCUCAACUCUGAUGCUGGAUUGAAGAAGCUGGACGAGUAUCUUCUCACUCGUUAUUACAUUUCUAGUUACAAGGCAACAAAGGAUGAUAUUAUUGUCUACGGGGCUCUUUUAAAGCCUCCAACUUCACAGUAUGUGAAUGCUUGCCGUUGGUAUAACCACAUGGAGAUCCUCUUGAGAAGAGGUAUCUCAUUUAACUCUUCUGAAGGGAGUGGUGUCAUUAUUGAUGGAUCUUCUGCUGUUGAUUCUAAGGAUGGUUUGGUUGUUGAUGAUGAUGAUGAUGAUGAUGAUAAUCAAGAUGUUGACAUUAUCAAGAAAGCUGCUGAAGAGAGGAGAGCAACUUCUUUGGAGACAUCCACAAAGAAGGAAACUUGGAAGUCAACACUAAUGGUUAUCAUACCACCUGAUGAUGAGAUGGACAUGGAGAAGCUAGAGAAAGAUGUAAGAUCUAUUCAAAUGGAAGGAUUGGUUUGGGGACCAUCAAAACUUUUUCCAGUUGGUUAUGGAGUCAAGUUGUUGCGAAUCAUAUUCAUACAUGAAGAGGACCUUUGUGAUGACGACACCCUUGUCGAUACACAUAUAUAUAACUGUGGGCGUGUCCGGAGCGUUGAAACUUGCAACUUGGAGGUUUGUCCGGCUAAAGAUGAUGGUGACUUACUCGAGGAGGAGAUCGAAGAGGAAAAGAAAGCUUCCGGGAAAUCAGGGCUAGUGGUUUUCAGGUAUGGUGGUAAGACUGACAUUCAAAAGGUAGAAGAACGUGUAAGAUCCAAACAGAAGGAAGGAGUGUCUUGGGGAGCAACAAAACUUUUCAACGUUGGCUAUGGAUUUACAUAUUUCCAGACCAUAUUCACCAUUGUUGACGACCGUGUGUCUCUUGACACCAUUCGCCGAAAAGGGUUGCGUUUUAUUCCCUUGAACAGAAUAUGUAAGUGUUCAAAAUCCAUUUUUAAACUCCUUCUGGAUUACAUGUUAAUGCCAAAGAUGUUUGUUUGGUAUUGAAUCUCGGCUUGAAUCAUAAUGCAGAGGCUUGGAAAAACUCUCAAGUGGAAGGUGUUAGGGUAGUUUAAUUUUCUGUUUACUGCUUUUUUCUUAUGUAAUGUGAAAAUAUAUCUUAUGUUAUCUCUCAUUGAUUUUGAUAUUUUAUCAUCUCGUUGUUUCCCUUGUGAGUUUUGAAUAAAUACGGUUUUACUUCUACCAAAUCUCAUAUAUUUGAUAGACGACAAACUAAUUAAAGAGAAAGAUAUAUAACAACAAAAGUUACUCCAAAGUAUUUAGAAAAUUUCAAGGUUUCUUUUAGGUUCAGUUCCACAAAACUUCCGAGACAAUCAAUUUGGACAAAACUACACAAUACUCUAGCUAAGUCACAAGAAACAGAGUGAAACAGCAGCGGUAGCUUCUUAUACACGCUUCCUUCGGAACACUAAGAUGGAACUGUUCUUGUGGUAAACGCCACCAAUCGUUUCGAUAGAACCUGCAAAACUUUUUUCACUUAGAGGAAACUCCAAGUCCAAGCAUUGCUGGUCCUGAAUCUCCAAAAAAUCUCUUGAUCAACUUUCCAAGUUCAGUUCAGCAAUGGAACCAUAAAAAGAUGGCGUUCUCGCUUCAGGUGAGUGACGACUGAUGAACGAAAUCGCCUGAGAUCUAAGCUUAAGUAGUUUCCUGUGAGUACAAUUGUUGAUGUUUGAUUGUCAAGAUAUAGCAAUUCCGAUUUUAGUGCUAUUUUUAUUUGUAUACAAAACUUCUAGCAUUAA